AAUAGUGCGAGACAAGGCACCACUUGAAGCACUUAGUUGAAUGUGUGUUCAUUGUGAACGGGAUCUAUAGGGAUCUAAUAUUCUGACUGAACCAAAUAUCUGGAACUAUAGGCUUGGAUCAAAUACGGCCGCUGCGAUGAACGUGUCUGCCGGGUCGGGCGUGUUCCUCCUGUCCCUGAUGUCCAUCCCCAUCUCCUUCCUCUUUAACUCACUCAUGUGCAACAGCAGCAUUGAAGCUGUCUUCUUUGCUGGAUGCACGACGGUGCUCAUCCUGGCCAUCUCGGCGCGGUUUCUGCUGAAGAGGAAGACCCCCGCAGACCCCCUCUUCUAUGUGUACGCGGUGUAUGCCUUCCUGAGUGUGGUGAACCUGAUCAUCGGGCUGGAGCAGGACAACAUCAUCGACGGCUUCAUGACCUUCUACCUCAAGGAGGCUGAACCUCACAUCAACACGGCCUACGGUCACAUGAUCUCCUACUGGGACGGCUGCGUGCACUACCUCAUGUACCUGCUGAUGGUGGCGGCUAUCACCUGGGGGGGCAGCUACCGGGCGAUCGGUCUGUACUGGGUGGGCUCCUUCCUCAUGAGGGUCAUGGUCUACAUACUGGGGAACGCUGUGGGGAAGUAUGGGACCCAGGUGGGUCCUCUGUUCCUCCUGCACAUCUCGUACGUCUUGGUGUCUGUCUGGGCCUGCUUCAGGGUCUUCAGCCAGCCCCCCACGCUGGAGAUCACAGGCCAAAGCAUCCCGCUGAAGCGGAGCAAGAAUGUCCUCAGGAGACCUCUAGACGUUCUGUUCAUCAUCUACCUCGUCCUUGCAACGGCUUUCUGCAUCUUCAGAGGCCUGGUUGUGCUGGACUGUCCCUGGGAAUGGUGUCUAGAGUACGCUCAGAAAUACGAGCCCUACCUGAAAGACCCUUCGGCCUACCCUAAAAUACAGAUGCUGGUGGGCAUGUUGUACUCAGGGCCGUACUACAUCAUGGCUCUCUAUGGGCUUGUGGUCCCCGGAUGUGAGUGGAUGCCAGACCUCACCCUUGUCCACUCGGGGGCUCUCGCACAAGCUCAGUUCUCUCACAUCGGCGCGUCCCUCCACACGCGGACCCCGUUCUCGUACCGCGUCCCUGCGGCUGGCCAGCUGCUGUUCCUGCUGGUCAACCUGCUGUACGGCCUGCUGCCCCAGGCCCUCUGCUACCGCUGCGCCACACGCCCGGAGCUCUUCCUCCGCCCCAGCCCGGACCGGAAGACACUGUGAAGGAGCAAGAUGUGUGUGUGUGUGUGUGUGUGUGUGUGUGUGUGUGUGUGUGUGUGUGUGUGUGUGUGUGUGUCUGUGUCUGUGUCUGUGUCUGUGUCUGUGUCUGUGUCUGUGUCUGUGUCUG